UUAAGGUCGGCGAUGACGUAUGACGUAUGUCGUUUCGUUCACUUUGCAAAUGGUCGAUCGAUGGCAGUUGAACGUGAUACUAGGUUAUCGAAGCUUGUUAAAUAUUAAUUAAAUAUUGUUCCCGAUAAAUUAUGACAUCCAUCAGCGAAGUCAAUGCGGUGCCCAAAUCGAAAAAACCAUCGGAUAGCGCAUUCAAACAGCAACGAUUACCAGCCUGGCAACCAAUACUUACAGCUGGAACAGUUCUACCGACGUUUUUUGUAAUAGGAGUUGCAUUUAUUCCAGUUGGUAUAGGACUGCUUUAUUUUUCUGACGAAGUCAAGGAACAGACUAUAGAUUACACUAAUUGUAAUGCCACCAAUAUCACUGGAAGCGAUAGGCAGCCUAUGAAGUGUGCAGAUGUAAUUGCAGCAAAUCAUGACACCUCCUGUUUCUGUGAAAUAAAUUUCACAUUACCUGUAGAUUUUGGUGGAAAAGUUUACAUGUAUUAUGGCCUGACAAACUUUUAUCAGAAUCACCGUAGAUACGUAAAAUCUCGAGAUGAUAAUCAAUUGUUGGGACAAUUGAGCAAUAUUGUUUCGAGUGACUGUGAACCAUUUGCCUAUGAAGAAGUAAACGACACAAAAAUUCCGAUCGCUCCGUGUGGAGCCAUCGCAAAUUCACUCUUUAGUGAUGAGCUCACGCUGUAUUCUACAAAGCAUAAUAAAUCUGUGCCAUUAUUAAAAACUGGUAUAGCUUGGCCAUCUGAUAAAAAUAUCAAGUUUAGAAAUCCUGAAGGGGAUUUGAAAAAAGCAUUUGAGAACUUUAGAAAGCCUAAGAACUGGACUAAACAUAUUUACGAAUUGGAUCCAAAGGAUGAAAACAAUAAUGGGUUCCAAAAUGAAGAUUUAAUUGUAUGGAUGAGAACUGCUGCACUACCAACUUUUAGAAAACUCUACCGUAGAGUUGAUCAUACUAAAAAUGGAUUCAUUAAUGGUCUACUUGCAGGAAAUUACAUUCUUAAAGUCAAAUAUUCAUUUUCAGUAUCUGCCUUUCAUGGAAAGAAGAAGAUGAUUUUAAGUACAACUUCACUUUUGGGAGGAAAGAAUCCUUUCCUCGGUAUUGCUUACAUUGUUGUGGGAAGUUUAUGUUUAUUACUGGGCAUAGCAUUGCUCAUUAUACAUAUUAAAUGUUCCAAGAGCAAACUAAUGUAAAGACGACUACAAGAAAGUAUACUUAGGGCACCAUAUAUGUUCUUUACUACCGACAUGAUCAAUGUGACUCCAACUACAGAAUAUCAUUAGGAGUGAUUCCUCUGCAAAUUCCUCACGAAAUGAGGAUAACUUUAUCAAUGCGGAUAAAUUAUUGGCUAUCGUACAUUGUUUUAAGAGUGAUUCUUUUCUAUUCAACAAUAUUUAUUUUCGUUUAAUUAUCAUUAAACGAAAAUAUGGAAAACGGUAAAACAAUCAAUCAAAAAUUUCUUAUUUAUUUAAAAGAUAAUUAUCUUUUAAAACCUUUUAAUCGAGCCUCAGUAUUGUUAUAUAAAAUGUAGAACAUAAUAGGAUAUUUGUAACUGCAUUAUAUAUUCUUGGAAUUAUAUUGCAAGUCACAAAUUUUUCACUUAUAACAAGCCCAGUUAAAAAUAUUUGAAGUUUAAUUGACAAUUC